AUGGAUUCAUGGAACCUCACGUGGGUAUCAGAAUUUGUCUUCCUAGGGUUCUCACAGUAUCAAGAACUCCAGUUUUUCUUGUUCCUGGUGUUUCUGUUUGUCUAUACCACCACUGUCAUGGGAAACUUCCUCAUCAUAGUUACAGUGACCUCUGAUUCCAGGCUCCACACACCCAUGUAUUUUCUGCUGAGAAACCUGGCAGUCAUAGAUGUCUGCUUCUCCUCAGUCACUGCCCCAAAGAUGCUGGUGGACAUCCUCGCUGAGAAGAAGACCAUCUCCUACCAGGGCUGCAUGGCCCAGAUCUUCUUCUUCCACUUUCUGGGAGGUGGGACUCUCCUCUUCCUCUCAGUGAUGGCCUAUGACCGCUACAUAGCCAUCUCCCGACCCCUCCACUAUGUCACCAUCAUGAACACUCAAGUGUGUGUGGGGCUGGUGGUGGCUGCCUGGGUAGGGGGCUUUCUCCACUCCAUUGUCCAGCUGGCUCUGAUGCUCCCAUUGCCUUUCUGUGGACCCAACAUCCUAGAUAACUUCUACUGUGACAUUACACAAGUGCUAAGACUUGCCUGCACAGACACCUCCCUGCUGGAGUUCCUUAUGAUCUCCAACAGUGGGAUGCUGGUCCUUAUCUGGUUCCUCCUCCUUCUGAUCUCUUACACAGUCAUCCUGGUGAUGCUCAGGUCCCACUCUGGGCAGGCGAGGAGGAAGGCAGCUUCCACGUGCACCAUCCACAUCAUUGUCGUGUCUAUGGUCUUCAUUCCCUGUAUCUAUAUUUAUGCCAGGCCCUUUACCUCUUUUCCCAUGGACAAAGCUGUGUCCAUCAGCCAAACUGUUAUCACCCCUAUGCUCAACCCCAUGAUCUACACCCUGAGGAACCAGGAGAUGCAGGCAGCACUGAAGAGAUUAGGCAAGCACCUAGUGAUUUCCACUAGGGAGUGA